AUGAGCGCUGGGAUAUCGAGGAUGGGCUACCCUGGCCAGUGUCAUACCUCCACCGCGCUCGACUUCCACCGGGUGCCGGGCAUCAAGGAGCUACGGCCUCGCAGUCCUGGGGCAGCCGGCGGCCCUCCUGAGUGGCCGCGCGGCAGGUUCGUGCCCGAUGCUGGCCGUUGCACGGGGCUGCCGAUGGUCUUCGACCUCAGCUGCACCUUGCUGCCUCUUCUGGUUUGGGCCGCUGGCACGGGCUGCGUCUUUGGCUACCCCUGCCCCUCCGUCAGCAUGUCCCUGACGCAGCUGGCGGCGGCCGCUAUGCCGAGCCACACGGCAGGCUGCCACCAGGUGCCAGGCGGUUACAGGGGGCUGCCGUUCGCUUUCGACCCCGCAGGCUCGGUCUGCUUCGACGUCUGUCCUUGCCCGUGCGAUGGCACCACCAAGCGGGCUAACACUUUUUUGACGGACGUCGACGCGAUCACGGGCGAAUUGGACGUGUCCCAGCUGCCACAGGAGAUGGGCGUAUACGCCUGUUUCGACCUGAACAGCAAGCUGCAGUACGUCGGCCUCUCGAGGGACAUCAGGAAGAGCGUCGCUGGCCACGCUGAGGCCAUCGGCAUCCAGGAGGCCGGUGACCUCAUCGCCUCCGUGCGCGUGGCGGACAUGCCCGGGGGGUCCAAGGAGCUGCUGAAGGCUACCUGGGAGGCCUGGAUCAAGGAGCACGUGGACAGUGGCGGCGAGAUUCCUCCCGGGAACGUCCCGGAGAACAUGGACGGCGCGGACCCGCGCUGGCGCAGUCGGGGCGCGCAGGCGAAGCCAGCGCUGAACCUCGGGGCGCGGCCGGGCGGCAUCUCUUCCAUGGCAGAGGCUGGCCGCGAUCCGGUCGCAGGAAAACGGUCAAGGAGAACCCGGUUGUGA